CAAUCAGAUAACAACUGAAGCUAGACUCCCUGUUACACAUUAUAAAAUGGGAUUCCUAGGUUUAUAUAAACUACCUUUUUCUGGGGAGUAUAUACUACGAGUUGGACUACUGGUUUAGAUCUUGAAGGUCUUUGUUUACCGGAUCCAAGUUCUAUUGUGCUCUUCAUGACCAUCAUGUUAAGUGCAUUAAGUAUAGUGGUAUCCAGCGUAUAUUUGAAAAACCAACAUUUAUAUACAAGCUGUACAAAUAUCAUGAUAUUCACUUUGGUAGUCUCCUUCCUAAUGUUAGUCUGUACGGAAUACUUAGGUCUAUCUAUUUAUAUUAACGAUAAUGGAUUUGGUAAUGGUCUAUUUAUACUUACUGGUAUACAUUUCAGUCAUGUUAUUGUCGGUGCUAUCUUGGGUUUCUUUAAUCAGGGUAUGUAUAGCUCUCUAGUUACAUAUUUACCAGUAAACUGCAUAACUUUGAGUAAAUGCAAAGGUACAUUAUGUAAAAUCUUCUCAGAACAUUUACAAUCUUAUAUCUACAUUUUCGUCGAAGCAGUGUGGAUAAUGAUCCACGUUACAUUCUAUCUCUAAA